AUGGGGCGAGAAAAUUUGAGGAAUUCUCCAGGAAAAUCUUGGGAUCGCCAGGCGAAUGCAGAUAUUCUGGCCAGUAAAGGAGAAGCUAGCGAUAAUGAGAAAGUGGCAGAAACCCUAAAGAAAAUUGAUUCCACUGCUGCGUCAAAGAAUGAUCGUAAGCUUUGGGUUGAUGUUCUGGCGGAGAAUCGAAACCCAGCGAAAGGGCUUUCGAUGCAAUUUGUUGCUCCAAGCGUUAUUGAUGGUGGAAUUGAGAUCGAAAUUGAAGAUGACGACAUCGCAACGGAGGUCAAAUACUGGGAAAACGCUCUCAUUCUCUAUGCGAUGGGAGAAGAUUUGAGUAUGCACAUGGUGAAGAACUUCAUGGAGAAGGCGUGGAACUUUAUCAAGCUACCUGAAUUGUAUUACCAUGAUGAAGGCUACUUCAUCAUCAGAUUCCAAUCCCAAUCGGAUUUGGAUGCGGUAUUGAUGAAGGGCCCUUAUACGCUGCGUAAUAUCCCACUGAUGCUUAAGGAAUGGAAACCAGACUUUAACCUUAAGAGAGACAUGCUUCGCACCAUUCCCCUAUGGGUCAAGUUACCUAGACUACCUCUUCAUCUAUGGGGAGCUAGAAGUCUGAGUAAAAUUGGCAGUGCUUUGGGAGUGCCUCUCGUUACAGAUGAAUGUACAGCUAGUAAAUUGCGUGUGUCUUAUGCGAGGAUCCUGGUUGAGGUGGACAUAACAAAAGAACUGAUCAAAGAGAUAACGAUAAAGGAUUGUGAAGGAAGGAAACUCCAGCAACCUGUAGAAUACGAAUGGAAACCUUUAUACUGUGAUAGAUGCAAGAGCAUUGGCCACAAGUGUAGAGACUAUGUGAAGAAGCAAUGGCUGCCAAAAGGAAAACCAUCCGGAACUACAUCCUCUGAUCCCAUACAGGGCACUGCUGCAGAGCUAGCUCUUGAGAAGGGUAAGGAGGGCAAAACUUUACCUGAGGAAAAAGAGAGUACUCAUGACCAAACCGAGAAGGGAGCUGAUGAUGCUAAUUGGAUAGAGGCCAGGUCGACAAUCAAGGAGAGAGGUAAAAGAAUUCUGACUGGUUCUAGUUCUGAUAUUGCCUGUGCUAAUGGUUUUGAGGCAUUAGGGCCUGACAUUGUGAUUUUAAUUGAAACUCGUGUUAAGAGGGAUAAAGCCAAAAAUAUCAGAGAUAAGCUCCAUGUUCAUGAAUGCUAUGUGGACAAUUACCACUACCAUGACAAUGGUAGAAUAUGGAUUUCUUGGAAUGAUAGUGCUAUAGAUGUGAAAGUAGUUAAUAGCUCUGAUCAAUAUAUUCACUGUGGGAUCUUUGAUACUAAUGGAACAUUCCUUUAUUGGCUCACUGCCAUCUAUGGGAAGAACCAACUUGAGCAGAGGAAAUUACUGUGGAAGACUAUCACUAAUAUCCAACCUAGUAUCCAUGAACCCUGGUGUCUCAUGGGAGAUUUUAACAAUGUUUUGAAGGCUCAGGAUAGAAUAGGGGGCAGAUUAGUAACUGAUUCAGAAUUUAUAGACCUUUGGGAUAUGAUGAAUGCUGCUGGUCUUUCUGAAAUGGAUGGCUGCGGGGACUAUUAUACUUGGUGCAAUAGACACACGAAUGAUACUAUCUAUUCUAGGAUAGAUAGGCUCAUUGGCAAUGUGGAAUGGUUCAAGAAAUACAAUGAGUGGACUUUGAGAAUCCUGGCCCCUAAUGUUUCAGAUCAUGCACUGCUCCAUGUGGUCAAUGACACUCAGAAUAUAGUUAAGAAGAGAAGGUUCAAAUUCUAUAACUGUUUGACUGAUAUUGCAGGCUAUGAAGAGACUGUGCAGAAAAGCUGGAUAGAACCCUUGACUGGCAAUCCUAUGUACAUUCUAUGGAGCAAAUUACAGAGACUCAAGCCUAGUCUUAUGAAACUUGGUAACAAUAUCUCUAACAUAAAGCAGAACUUAGUGAUUGCUAGGAGAAAUCUGGAACAGGCCCAGUCAGACUUAAGCAUGAAUAAGAUGGAUAAGAAUGCUCUAUGCAGAGUUAAACAAUGCACUGAAGAUUUGAUCAGGCUGCAGGAAAUAGAGGACAAGAUAUUAUUACAGAAAUCCAAAAUCACUUGGCUUAGGCUGAGUGAUGAGAACAAUGCGUACUUUCAUGCUACUGUGAAGGCUAAACACAAAAUGCAGUGCAUCAAGAUGCUUAAGAAAGAAGAUGGGAGCUAUGCCACUGAUCAUGAGGAUAUCAAAGAUGAGGUAAUGCAGUUCUAUACUAAGCUCAUGGGGACUAGAGCUGGCAGGCUGAAAAUGAUAGAUGUUGAGGCUAUGAGAUAUGGGAAACAGUUUACACCUGAACAUGGAGCAAUCCUGACUAGGGAUGUUACUGAAGAUGCAAUAUGGAAAGCCUUGCAGGGCAUAGGUGAUAGCAAAGCUCCAGGCCUCGAUGGCUAUGGAGCUAAAUUCUUCAAAACAAGCUGGAGCAUUGUCAAGGAUGAUGUGGUUGCUGCUGUGAAAUACUUCUUUACUAGAGGUAAACUCUUUAGAGCUUUCAAUAGUACAGUGGUUACUUUAAUCCCUAAGCAUGAUCAGGCCAAUGAGGUUAGGGAUUUUAGACCAAUUGCUGGAUGCACUACUGUUUAUAAAAUCAUUUCAAAAGUCCUAACUAAUAGACUGGGCAGCAUGUUGCAUGAAGUUAUACACCAUAGCCAAGCUGCAUUCUUGAAGGGACAAUUGAUCCAUAACCACAUAUUACUAGCCUUUGAACUGAUGAAAGGUUAUAAUAGGAGAGGAGGCCCCCCCAGAUGCAUGCUUCAGAUAGACCUGCAAAAGGCCUAUGACAUGGUUGACUGGUCCUCUCUGCAAACUAUCAUGGCUGAACUGGGAAUACCAGGAAAGUUCAUCAAUUGGAUCAUGCUUGGUACUGCUUCUGUCACCUACAGAUUCAAGGUUAAUGGAGAUUUCACUGAAAUAGUGGAAGCAAAGAGAGGCAUUAGACAGGGUGACCCAAUCUCCCCUCUUUUGUUUGUUAUCAUGAUGGAAUACCUUAAUAGAGUGCUGGCCAAGAUGUCAAAAAAUUCUCACUUUAAAUACCACAGUAAGUGCAGCAAGUUGAAUAUCACACACCUCUCGUUUGCUGAUGAUGUCCUAUUGUUUUGUAGAGGAGAUCAAUCCAUUGACAUUAUGCUUGAGGCUUUUAAUUCUUUCUCUGAAUCCACAGGCCUUAUUAUGAACCCUAAGAAGUGUAAAGCUUUCUUUUGUGGUAUGGAUACAGAAGUGAAACAGGAUAUUCUUCUCCAGACAGGUUUCAUUGAAGGGCAAUUCCCGAUAAGGUACCUUGGUAUUCCGUUGGCUAGCAAGAGACUUAACAUUCACCAUUACCUUCCUCUUAUUGAUAGAAUCGUGAGUCGUAUUCGCCAUUGGACUGCAAACCUUCUCAGUAUUGCAGGCAGAAUACAGUUGGUCAAGAGUGUAGUGGUGGCCAUAACACAAUAUUGGAUGCAUUGCCUUCCAUUACCUAAAGCUGUACUCAAAAAGAUUGAUUCGAUUUGUAGAACAUUUAUUUGGUCUGGCAAGGCAACUCAAGGCAAGAAGAGUCCUGUUGCUUGGAAACAGGUUUGUAGACCACUGAAAGCUGGAGGGCUGAACAUUCUCAAUCUCCACACUUGGAAUUCUGUGGCUAUGCUUAAGAACCUAUGGGCCAUCUGCAUGAAAGGGGAUAAUCUAUGGGUGAAAUGGGUGCAUACCUAUUUUUUGAAGGGCAGAGAUCCCAUGAUUGAUUUGCAGACUACAAACUGUACCUGGAUUCUGAAGCAUAUCCUUGAUAAUAAAGCUGAAGUUCAUAAGAUUCUGACUACAUGGAACCAGAUGAUAAAUCAGGGGGUCUUCCAUAUGACUAAGGUGUAUAAAGCUAUCAUAGGUGAGGCCAAUACAGUGGAUUGGUACCAUAUGCUUUGCCACAGUAUCGCUAGACCUCGAGCCAAGAUGAUCCUUUGGCUGGCCAUUCAGGACAGACUGCCAACAAAAUAUCGACUAUACAAGCUUGGUAUGAUUCAGCACCAACGAUGUGAGCUUUGUGAUGGAGAAGAUGAGAGCAUCGAUCAUCUUCUGUUUCGGUGUCCCCAAACUGUGAGAAUUUGGAAUGAUUUAUUACAAUGGUUGGAUAUUAAAGAUACCUAUAGUUUGAACUUUGAGUGGAUGAAGAAGAUUACUAAAGGCAAAGGAGUAAAGAGGAGUAUCCUGAAAGCUGUGAGCACUGAGGGAACUAAGUUCAUAAUAAUAGCAAAAAAUUUUGUUUUGGAAAUUUGUCGCGAAUUGUUGUCACACUUUGAUUUUUCACUUGUUACCGUUGCUGAGUCGUGUGCUGAAGCGAUUGAAUUGUUGCUGCAGGCUCCAUUGAUGAAGAGGACGUUGCAACAUUGGACUUGUGGGAGACUUGAAGAUGGACUUGAAGUUGCUUGGAAGCUUGAAGAUGAACUUCAAAUGGUUGGAAGCUUGAAGAUGAAGAUGUUCAAGUUGUUGGAGGCUUCCACCAAGCUAGAAACUCUCAUUUUCAAGGGAGAAACUCUUGGUUUGAAGAACUUUCUUCUUCUUGCCAAGAGAAACUCAAGAGAACUUGAAAACUUUGAAAAUUAUAAGAGAAGAGGGAGAAGUGAGAAAGCAAGAAUGAAAGUUGCUUUGGAGCAAAUUUUUAUGUUCAUAUUGAUGCCUUUUUAUAGGGAAAAGGUAUUUGAUGAUCCUACAGAAUUAACACAAGAUGAUUUGUAUGAUUUGCGAUUCCGUUGGGCUCCAUUGAUGAAGAGGAUGUUGCAACAUUGGACUUGUGGGAGACUUGAAGAUGGACUUGAAGUUGCUUGGAAGCUUGAAGAUGAACUUCAAGUGGUUGGAAGCUUGAAGAUGAAGAUGUUCAAGUUGUUGGAGGCUUCCACCAAGCUAGAAACUCUCAUUUUCAAGGGAGAAACUCUUGGUUUGAAGAACUUUCUUCUUCUUGCCAAGAGAAACUCAAGAGAACUUGAAAACUUUGAAAAUUAUAAGAGAAGAGGGAGAAGUGAGAAAGCAAGAAUGAAAGUUGCUUUGGAGCAAAUUUUUAUGUUCACAUUGAUGCCUUUUUAUAGGGAAAAGGUAUUUGAUGAUCCUACAGAAUUAACACAAGAUGAUUUGUAUGAUUUGCGAUUCCAUUGGGCAAAAUGUUUCUUUGAGUUACAUAAAGAUUAA